AUGGAACUGGCGACGGGAGCCAUGGGCUCCCUGAUCCUCAAGCUAGCUGAGCUGCUCAAGGAGGAGUACAAGCUGCACAAGGACCUCAGGAAGGAAGUGGAGUCUCUCUCACUAGAUCUCGAGAGUUUGCAUGGCGCCCUCCACAAGGUGGCGCUGGUGCCGCGCGACCAACUGGACGAGCAGGUCUGGAUCUGGGCCCGUGAUGUUAGGAAGGCGUCGUACGCCAUGGAGGACAUCGUUGACUCCUUCCUGGUGCGCGUGGACGGCGGCCAUGACCAUGAAGCCGAGGCCAACAAGACUGGCCUGAAGCGGUUCAAGGAGAAGACGAGAAACCUCUUCAACUUCAAGAGGUUGGUGGACCGCCGUAGCAUCGCUGGCAAGAUCCAAGACAUCAAGAAUCAACUCCAGGCUGUGGCCUUGCGGCGCUCCAUGUACAAAGUCGACGAUAUCGUGGCCAAGCCUGCUGCGACAACAUCGACCAUGGAUGAUCCUCGCCUCUUGGAUCUGCAUAGAGUGACAAAGCUCUUUGGCAUUGAUGAACCACGUGAGGCGCUCAUCCGUAUGCUGUCCGAGGGGAAGGACGGUCACGGCGUGCACCAAGAGAUGAAGAUAGUCUCCAUCGUCGGAUAUGGCGGACUGGGCAAAACCACCAUCGCCAAAGCUGUUUAUGACAAGCUUAAGGUGAAAUUUCAGUGUGGGGCUUUCGUUCCAGUCGGCCAGUCUCCAAACAUGAUGAAAAUUUUCAUGGACAUCCUAAUCGGCCUUGACAAGCAAAAAUAUACUGAUGCCAAUAUGAUGAUAUUGGAUCAAUGGCAGCUCAUCGAUGAAAUCAAAGAUUAUCUACAAGAUAAGAGGUGCGUAUCGCUCACCCCCUUGAAUUUCUACCACCUCCUACAGUGA